GGAGCGAAAGAGGGGAGCUGAAAACGGAAGAAGGUCUAGGGGAGCGGAAGAAGAAGCUGCCCGCCUUGCUGCCUGCACAACUGAGUGGGCAUAGGGACUGUACCUUAAGUGUCAUAUGAGAGAGGACUCUAGCUUGUCGUUGUGUGAUGGACUUCAGCGCUUCUCCACACGAAUUCCAAGCGGACACCCGCCCGGGCUCAGCGGCGCGAUCCGUGUGAGGCCAUCGCAGAGGCUGCCCUCUGCUGGGCUUGGGGACGCAGUGCAGAGCGCCGCGGGCGGACUUUGCGAGGUGAAGGAGGGCGGCGGGAGAAGAGAAACUUUUCUAAGGAAUGUGAUGAAGCGACCAAGAUUAAUAUUUUCAGAAUAGGGAGGCAUGAUUUUAACGCACUAAUUUAAAUUCUGAAUACUUUCCAGUCCCUGUGCUGGGUAGGUGAGGUUUCCUAGGACUUCUGAAUUUGUCCUGUGUAUUACUUUGCUUAGUUAAAACUUAACAUUAUUUGUUUCGUGCAGCCCACUUUCAACAACAAAAAAUGUCCAGGUCAUUUUUGGUAUAGGUUCUUUACUUCCUGAAAUUCUUUUGAGCCUCGAUAAUCCUCUUAAUGCUACAUACACACACAGAGGGGUCACAGAUGUAGAGAAUUGAUUACUUAAAUUACUUGUUGAAAGGGAUGAUAAGGACCUCGAGGAAAACAAUCUAAAUCGACCCCCUUCCGACCUCCUUCCCCCCUACAUCCCUUUUCCCACUUUUAUCGGAGAACCUCCUGUUUGCCAGCUGUUGCUCUAGGCGCUGGAGGUAUAGAGAUAAACUGGACUUUGGCAAAAAUAACAGAGGAUCCUUUCUGUGAAGACCUAGCAGUCUAUUGGAGGAAGUAACAGGGGAAAGGAUGGCAUUAUGAAAUCUCCUGGGAAUGGGAGGAGUAAUAUAUCAGCUGAUCCUUUCCUGACGUCUUAUCACCUGACCUGAAGGAGAAGUAAGUAAGAGUCGGUUCCAUUCCAGGAAGAGAAAUCAACUUGCAGAGAGCGAUGGAGUCGAAGCAGGAAAUGGCAGGAAAUCUUUUGAAGACAUCAUCUUUGUCUGUAAGGACAAAAUUACUACAUCAAAUGGGAGUGUCACUUUAUAAUACAUCUCAUGGCUACCAUGAGGAAGAAGUAAAAAAAAAACUUCAGCAGUUUCCUGGUGGAUCCGUUGACCUUCAGAAGGAAGACAGUGGCAUUGGCAUUCUUACUCUGAAUAAUCCAAGUAAAAUGAAUGCCUUCUCAGGUGUUAUGAUGCUACAACUUCUGGAAAAAGUGAUUGAAUUGGAAAAUUGGACAGAGGGGAAAGGUCUCAUUGUCCGUGGGGCAAAAAAUACUUUCUCCUCAGGAUCUGAUCUGAAUGCUGUGAAAGCACUAGGGACUCCAGAGGAUGGAAUGGCCUUGUGUAUGUUCAUGCAAAACACCUUAACAAGAUUUAUGAGACUCCCUUUAAUAAGUGUUGCGCUGAUUCAAGGUUGGGCAUUGGGUGGAGGAGCAGAAGUUACUACAGCAUGUGAUUUCAGAUUAAUGACUGCAGAGAGUGAGAUCAGAUUUGUCCACAAAGAGAUGGGUAUAAUACCAAGCUGGGGCGGUGCUACCCGACUGGUUGAAAUCAUUGGCAGUAGGCAGGCUCUCAAAGUGUUAAGUGGGGCCCUCAAACUGGAUUCAAAAAAAGCUUUAAACAUAGGAAUGGUUGAAGAGGUCUUGCAGUCCACAGGUGAAACUGAAUGUUUAAGAGAGGCGCAGGAGUGGCUAAUGCAGUUUAUCAGAGGGCCACCGGAAGUAAUUAGAGCUUUGAAAAGAUCUGUUUCUUCAGGCAAAGAACUUUGUUUAGAGGAGGCAUUACAGACUGAAAAAGAUCUUCUAGGAACACUUUGGGGUGGACCUGCAAAUAAAGAAGCUAUUGCUAGGAAAGAAAAAUUUAAGAAGUAGUUUAAAAAAAUACGAUGUACUAAGAGUAAAACUCCAAUGAUUAACAUUUAUAAAAGUUAAAUACCAGAAUUACUUUGAAGGUUACACUAGUAUUUGAUUUGUUUUUAAUCAUUUUUUGAAUAGCUGAACUCCUUGACCUAGUUUUCAGUGUAUUUGAGUAAUUAUCGAGUAAUCUGAAACAUUUAGCUAAAAUAUACAACACUUUUGGCUUAAAAGUUAUCAUCAAUUCACAGUAGUUCUUACCCUACAACCAAAGACCAGUUUUUAAAAGGGAAACAUUUCCACAAAACCUAUUCCUGGGUUAUUUUUCAUAGUAUGUGUUCUGUCUACCCAGAAAUAAUUUACAAAAAUAACUUAAUGAAACUUGCACUAAAGAGCAAAAGUGGAGAAGAGGGGUCAGGGACAAGAUAAGAAAAGGUAUGAUCAAUCAUUUUCUUCUGCUCUGAGCAGCUGGGAGGUAAAGAUUUGGGGAGGGAGUGACUGGCUGGGUUAGUUGCUGGAGCAUGGGACUCUUGAUCUUGGAGUUGUGAGUUCAAGCCUCACAUUGGGUGUAGAGAUUACUUAAAAAUAAAAAAUCUUAAAAAAAA